CCCUUCUUUAUAACUUUACUAUCAAUCUUAAGAAAAACACACACAGAAAAUGCAAGGUUCAUCUUCAUCUUCACGCCACGUACUGGCAAUCCUUCUCAUUAUCCUUCAAAUCACGUCCUCCAUAGCCAAAUCCUUCUCCCACAAACCAUACCACACCAAAAGAAACACCGAAUACAUCAGAUCUUCAUGCACCACCACUACCUACCCCAGAUUAUGUUACCGCUCCCUCUCCAUCUACGCCUCCAAAAUCAACACCAGCCCCCGACUGAUUGCCCACACCGCCCUCCUCGUCACCUUCAGAGCCAGCAAAUCUACGUCCAGGCUCAUGCGAAAAAUCGCCAGAACCCAUCGUUUGAAACCUCGGGUCGCUGCCGCCAUGGCGGAUUGCAUCGAAGUGAUCGACGACUCUAUCGACGAGCUACAAAAAUCUAUAGGUGAAAUUGUUCGUAUCAGACGCUCCAACUUUGUGCUUAUUAUGAGUGAUCUUCAAACCUGGGUUAGUGCUGCACUGACAGAUGAAGAUACUUGCAUGGAUGGAUUCUCAGGCAGGGCUAUGAAUGGGUAUGCGAAGAUGAUGGUGAGGAAACGAAUCGUUAAGAUCGCACACUUGACAAGCAAUGCUUUGGCUCUCAUCAAUAACUAUGCUUCAUCUCAGAUCCUUGAUUGAUUUUCUGGAGAAAAUUUUGAUGGCAACGAAAGCACUGUGUUUCAUGGAUCAAUCUGGGAUUUGUAUGGUUUUCGAACAGGGCAUGAGUUUUUAAGAUACUGCAUAUUGUGUUCUCAACUCUAUGUUUAUGGUUCUUGAUUUUUGUAAUUGUAUCAAUUUGAAAAUGAAAUUUCAGUGUGGGAUUGCCGUCGAAA